CAUAUGUUGGAUGUAUGUACACAUAUACAUCAUGUAGUGCAAAUUCUCAUUGGAUGAUAUUUUUAAAUAACUAAUGAGAACUUGCGCCUUUUGAAAAGUGCAGAAGGUUAGGUAACGAGCAAACCUAAUGAUAUGAAAUACAUGCUUAGGUAUAGGAUCCGUGUGCGUACGCAUAUAGCAAAUACUGGACACGACUGCCAUUUCAAUAUGGUAGGAAACAUGCGCGCUCAGAGAGAAGCUGUCAGUUGUUGCGCAAACGCAAAUACAGUCUAAGUGAAAAAAUUGUGUAACUAAAACAUAUCUAUUGUUACAUAUGUAAUUGGUGCUUCUAUUCUUUGAUCGGACUGUACGCGGAAAGAGACAGGGAGCUUCUGUUUCGUCCCUAUUUUCUCUGUCUUUCUCUCGCAUGCUUGAUCCCCCACCUUACAGUGUACAUUCGGAUUGGUAUCAAUUGGUAUAGUUCAGUGCUUGUAACUAAAAGGUUACGACAGCCAAAUCUUCUGCGCAGAGGAAGCGUGCAAUGGCAACACCGACCAACGGCAAUGGAAAUCUCGUUGACGAGUUUGAGGAAGCUUUCCAGCAAUGCCUUAACAUCCUAACGAAGGAUGAGAGUCUAGGAAGUAACGGUAUUGGAACCUGUGGUGGUUUGGCUGUUGACAAAGAUGAAGCUCGUGGAGAAGUCGAGCAAGUUACAUUAAGGUUUAUAGACCUUGCUCGACAAGUAGAAGCAUUUUUUCUACAAAAGAGAUUUCUUCUUUCGGCUCUCAAACCAGAACUAGUUGUAAAAGAAGAUAUUAGUGACCUGAAGCUUGAAUUAGCCAGGAAGGAAGAACUCAUUAAGAGGCAUUACGACAAAAUAGCUGUGUGGCAAAAUCUCCUUGCUGAUUUACAAGGAUGGGCAAAAUCUCCUGCACAAGGACCAGCACCCAACGGUCUGGCAAACGGUAGUCAAGGAGGCCAAGGCCAACAAAGUGGUAAUGGUGGUGGUGGAUCUACGAUGCAGCAGCAACAGCAACAACAACAACAAAUUCUCCAGCAUCAACAACAACUUCAACAACAGCAAUUGCAGCAACUCCAGCAGCAUCAAAUGCAACAGCAACAGCAACAACUCCACCAACAACAGGUGCAACAGGGAACAGGUGCGCCUCCUCCAUCGAGUUUACAAGGAGUCGGCGUGUCAGUGGGUCAGCAAGGAAUGUUCAUGGCCCAAGGAGGUGUUGGCGUAGCUGGCAAUCGUGCCGCAGGUUUCCCCGUAGGAGGUGUAGGCAGCGGCUCGCUUCAGGGACCUCUGGCUUUUCUGGAGAAGACAACGAGCAACAUAGGGAUGCCGGAGAGGAGGAGUUGACGCGGAAGGGGGAGGGG